AUGAGUUUUGAGAAUCUUCAAAAAUUACAAAUAGAAUUGGAUAAUUUUAACAAUGAAUCUGAUUCUAAUAAACAAUAUUUUUCUGAUGUUGAAAAAUUACAAGAAAAGCUUAUUGAGAAUAUUAAAAAACUACCUGUCAAUCAA